AACUUGAACCCCAUUGCAAUGUUGAAUGCUUCAAAGGAUCUGCUUCGGUAUCUCGGUCUAGGUGACUAUGCGGAACUGAUCAAACAAGCAAUUAAGAAGACUUUGUCGGUCGAUAAGGUGCAAACACACGAUCUGGGAGGCUCCAAUACUAGUGACGAAGUUGUGGAAGCCAUCAAAAGUAACAUCAGCGAUUUGUUGAAGUCGGCGCACGUUAAACUGUUCUAGUUGGCAAUUUUUUCACGAUAUUAAAUGAUUUCAGUCAAAAAUAUAUUGUAGCGGCCAUAGGAACAGUUGCACUAUUUAAUAAAAUUCCCCAUAUCUAGGAGAAACUUAGCAAAAAAAUGCUUUAUGUUGAUGGAAGCUUUCUGCUUUUAUGCCAGAUGUUUCAUAAGUUCAACUCAAUGUCUAAUGAAAAAAUCAUGGGUUUAUUACUGUGGAAAAUAGGGCUGCUGUGGACGAAGAAAUGGGUAACAUAACUGGCAGCGUCGCCUAAAGUGAUAUAAUGGUUUUUUUAUAAUAUAUUUUAGCGGCAAUUUUAUGUGUCCAGGCACUGUUAGUACUGAAAAUAUGCUUUCAAUGUCUCAGUUUCCCUAAUUUUGGGGUAUUUUGCCUCAAAAUGUUUGCCGUUUUUUUAAAGACAGACUUUCCUCACCUUUCCUAUUACAGAUUGAAAAAGUGUGUUCUUAUUUCACAAUAAAGAGCGAUUUAUUCAUCAAAAGGUAAUCAAUCGCUUAAUCUUAACCAAA